AUGGUAGCAGAUGUAGCCGACCAUGGAAUCGCUGCACCCGAUGCCCCCGUCAUCACAGUUUUCAGUGUGCAGACAAUUUCGUCUGAUUCUGCCUUCUCAGAACAGCAAACGCUGGAAUCGCCACCAGAGGAGCCUUCAACAUCACGGAGUGACUCAUCUUCACAUGUAGAUCAGGAAUUUGCUCAAACACAGAUUACCGAGUCGCCAUGCUCCUGCAUCCACGAUGCUAUACGCAUUGUGCAACAACUAGAUGACGACCACUUUCGCAUCACAACAUUGUCGCUCGACCAGGUUCUUUGGCUUCAGAAAAAUAUCCUCGCACAAUGCGAUAAGCCCCUCCAGUGUGACGCCUGUAGCAAACUUCCUUCAGUUUAUAGCGUCCUCAUAAUCAUUUGCGAUCGUCUUACCGAGAUGUUUGAAUGCAUCCACAAACGACUGAAGCGUGUAAUUGUCCUGAUAGCGCACAACACGGAUAGUGGAUCAGAUUCGAGCGCCUCGAGCACUCGUGAAAAUAAUGGCCAAUCCUCGAAGCAACUUUUCUGCAGUAACACUGGGCAAAUGGCUGAUGAAGCACCUUGCAGUCUUGAAUUGUUUCAAUCUGGACCUCAAAGCGGGUUUUCCAAAAAGGAGCAAUUAUACAUGAUGGAAGGUCUUCUCAAAUUUCAGAUUCAUACAUUCAAGGGCUUUCUGGCCCAGGUUGAAGCAUUAGGUUCCUCAGUCACUAACCUCGCACGGCAAUCGAGACAUAUUUCUCUCAUGACAAGAUUGGGCAUGGCAGCAAACAACAUCGCCGAAGAAGUUCAACGUAGCUCACGGUAA